UGGCGGCGGUUGUUUAGAGUUUCUAUGCAGUUUUCGGCUGGGAAUGUUUCUGAAAAAUUGAAGCCAUGCCUCCUAAAAGGCCCUCGUCAGCUCGCAGGAAUAUACCACAAGCUACAUUUUCAGCUUUUGCCAGUUGCGCAAGGCUUCGUCAUGUGCAAUCAUUCUUAGGAGCAGGAGAGAACAAAGAGACAUCCGAUGGAACAGAUGCAAUAUUAUGCAUCCUAGGAAUAGAUAGCAGAUAUAAUGAAGGCUGUCGUGAGCUCACUAACUACUUGCUGUUUGGAUUUCUGGACUUGAGAAAAGAUGGCUUAGAAAGAUCUGGCCUGGAGGAGGAUAUUGCAGAUGAUCUCAUUCUCUUGAUAAAGAAAGACAGUGUGCAUGUACACUACACUCCAUCAGACUACAGUUACAUCAUCCCUUAUGUAGCUCACUGGCCAAACCUUCACCUUCACUGUCUGACAGACUCUGAGAACCAAGAAGAUGAAGAGGCUGCAGAGAACUUUAAAGUCCUUAGUUUUAUUGAGAUGGUUCGUUGUGUUCCAACUAUCGGAGUGCCAUUCUAUGCAAGAGGUCACGUCGAAAAGUUUGACCCGUUUGCUGUGGAGAAGUGGCCAAUCAUACAGGCAUACGGGUUUGAAGAUUAUGGCACGGGCGGAUUCUUUUCAAUGAAACAUAAGAUCUUGGAUGUAACGGAGACCCUCUCGCCAGUCUACGAUAUCAUUGACCCAGUAGCCCUAGAGACCCUGACCACUCAGCAGCUACCGCUGUUUGAGAGACAAUGGAAGGCUUUACUGACCAACGUGGACGUCGCAUUCAAAGAACGGGCAACUUUUGGAGAGCUGUGUGAAAGCACGGUAGUAGAGCCAUUGAAGAGUUUCUACAAUCACGGCCGUGUUUCAAGUUCAAGGAACGACACAAGCAGCAAGAAGCCGCUGGUUUUAUUUGGCCAGCGAUCAGCUGAAACCUCACCAUCAGAGAGCGAUGGCAAACUCGCUACAUCAGGAGCUAAUAAAACAGCUGCCAAACAUUUUGUUUGUCAGGCAGUUGCACCCAAGAGCCCGCUAUGUUGUGGGCGUACAUAUUUCUUGGGUAGUGGUCACACCCCAUACCCAGCUACAGGGGGUACUGCAAUGCUACCCAAACCACCAAAGACAGACAUAGACCUUCUGACCAAACUCUACCAAGUUGCAAUAGAUUCAGUACUAGCAGCAAUACAAGCUUACGGACAGACCGCUAGCUCUAAACAGGCUGAAGCCGUGUGCAAGCAUACACUCAGAGAAGGCUGUGCAGAUCAUCAGCUUAAAGCUGAUACCUACUUAGAAAGGAUGAUGUUUAGUUUGGAGGCAUUUGAUCACCACGGAAACAGUCUUUCACUGAAAGAGGGCAUCGCUUCUCCCAUGAUUAAAAUGGCUUACCUUAGACUAGCUGACAUUGGGAGUGUUGAGCACACUGGUACCUCACUUGGAUCUCUUCUCUUCUCAGAAAGCUUCCUGGACUCAAGAAUCAUGGUCACUAAACCUGAUGAGAGUUGCAGUAUUGAUAGCCAGUGUUUAAUCUUGACAAGCCAUGUGCCAAGAUACGUCUCAUGGGCGGUUGAUGUUUCUGAGAAGGUCACCAGCAAGAUUACUGAAACUUUCACAAAGAGUUCAGAUGUCUUUGGUAAAGUUUUACUGAGCGGGGAGUCUGUCAUAUCACUUGGCAGUAAGGAACUCUCUACUCCCCAUGAAGGUCAAUUACAUAUAUGUGAGAAGGGGAUCAUUUUUCAAGACACAAGACAUGGCGUUGUUGUCUUGCCGAAGUCAUACUUUGAGGAGAUGCAGUUCUUUGAUGGAGAUUCAUCUAGCGUGAUAGCGGUUCUAGUCAUCACCUACAGACAUUCCUUACAGCAAUAUCUCCCUAUACAUUAUCACAAUCAAGAUGACACUCUUAUGUUUGCCUUCACUCCGAAGACAAAAGCACAUCGAGCUUUUUACAGUGAGGUGAUUUCUUUGUGGUUGAAGUCAUCAGAUGAACCCCUACUGAAACUUGUGGAUAAAGUCCCUGAGUAUUUUGUUGCUCCACACACUGAGCUUCAAAUACAGUAUGCUUUGUCCAACAAAAUGAAUGUGGAUAAAAAGCCAAUCAGUGUUGCCAUGGCAAACCUAUACCAUCUGAAAAGCUUUUUGAAUCAUCUGGCAGUGAGCAGUGUGGGAGAUGCUCUGAUACCAGCAAGAGAUCUUCCCGUUACUCUUAAGGAGAAAGUCAUUGAGGAGGAUGAAAAUACUACAGAGGCUGGAGAGGUUGUAGUGACAAUCAUAACGGGGAUUCCUGGCAGUCAUAAAGAAAACCUUGCAAACAUUCUGACUAACAUGGCCAAGGAGCAAAGCAGGUGGGUGACUCUUCGCUCACCAUUUGACUCUGCAGAGAGCUUCAGUCCCGAGAUGGUCCAGACAUCUUUAAGUGCCGUCCUGACAUCAACCAAGAAGAGGAAUGUGCGAGCAGCGACGGGAGGACGGAAGAAGAUGAGAGUUCUUAUUGCAACCCCCGGGUUUACAGACACCAUUGAUGUUAUACAAGCUCUUACAUGUCAUCCAGACCCAGAGAUCGCUAAGCAGAUUCGUAUUGGUGCUGUAACUGCUUGUGUUGAUGCCCAUAACACCUUCAUGGCACAUAGAUAUACUUAUCCCAAGCUACUGGAUCAGUGUGCCCAGGGAUGGGUCAAUAACAUCCUCUUCACAAACUCAGUAUCUGGACCGGAUCCUCAGUUAUCAUUGGUACAAGAUCUACUGAGAAAAGUCAAUCCAAGUUUGGCGUUCAUCUUGGCAAACAAGGGAGAAAUUACAAGGAGUGAAGACGUAGACAUGAUUCUGUCGGAGAAAGCUUUCACUUCACCUGAGAUGAUCAGAGCAAGACAUCUUCUAACGCCAGGCUGGUCAAGAGGUCAGUUCAUCUCCGGUGCUAUCUUCCCUACCAUGACGACAAUCUCUCUAAAGUUUACCCAGCCUUUGGAUCGAGGGAAACUCCUGACCAAGCUGAAAGCACUCCGCGAUCAACAGUCAACACAGUGUCCUUUCUCUGGUAAUGUCUACUGCGUCAGAGGGAGGACUAAAUUCACAGAUUCAGACCAGCUUAUGGAGGUACAGAGUGUCACUCUCAGUAGCUACAUCUCGCUGGCCCCAUCAUCUGAAUUCCUCACCAUCCGCCCCCCUACCGCACCCCUAUCACCCAGGCAGCCCACCUCGCCUCCACCACGCCAGCCAGCACCCCCACUGCGCAAACCCACACCCCCGAACGGUUCACCCACAAAUGGGCCAGAUGAGACGGGAGACAAUGGGUACACAUUCUGCUUUGUCUUCACUGGGUGUGGUCUGGAAGAAGGGAAGCUGAAGGAGUGGAUGAGGAGUUGUGCAAGACAGAAACCAGCUAAGAAGGUUCUCAAGACAACGCAAUCACUCACUAAGGAGGAAAAGAAGCGGAUACACACCAAGCACCAUCUGGAUGCUUUACCUCAAGGAUGGUUCUACAACGGCUCACAAUACGUUAGCAUGGCAGGAGAGAAGACUGACACCCACCCAGAAAUGAAUCACUUCGUCGAAGAGUACAUCGAGGAGGCCAACAAAAUAAUAGAGAAGUACAACGCUCACAUCGAUGUGGAGGUGUACAAAGACUUGUUUGCCUAGAGGUGUUUUUAAUCAGGGUGUGAUUUGGGUAAUAGCUGCACUGUUUUGCAUUUGUAUCUUUUGAAAUAGAGCAAGCAUCCUGAUUGAUGCCAUAUCGCUUACAGUGUAAUGUUACUUAAUUUGUUUUUAUUUCCCCCUGAUAUACCUUAGAAAUAAAUUUUGGCCAAAACUGAGAGAAAAAAACCGACAUGGUGUAAGUGAAUGAUUGCCAUUGGGUAAGUCCAGCAGUUUUACCAAAUAAACCAAAACCUUGGUUUAUCAUAUUUGUUGGAAGAACUGUCUCGCAAAAUUAAUAACAUAUUUCCAUAAAAACACAACACCAGUUAUCCUGUGGUUCAAGCUACAGUAUAAAGGCACCAGUAUUUACAUUUUAAUACUCGUUAAAGAGCAGACAAAUUGCUUUUCAAUAUUAAAUUGACUAACAAUUCAUAACAUGGCUAUGCUAGACUUAUUGAUAUUGUUAUGUGUUGCAAAAAUUUUCAAGUUUGAUUUUAUGCUUGGAAAAAAGCAGCGUCCUCCCUGAUUUCAAAUCGGUUUGAGCUUUUAAUACUGCAUGUUUCAGUAGUAUCAUUGCACCUAUUUGUUUUUCUGCUGUAAUAUACUUGUUAAGAAAGUUGUGCAUAAAACAACAGUUUAUAUUUUGUUGUUACUUCGGCUCUGGAUAUGUUUGGUAGCUACUGAAAAGAUAUAUCUAAAACACACAAAUUUGGGCAACAAGGGUGUUAUUGCAACUUGUAAACCACUAAUUGAGCCCAAACUUCCACAGGUUUGUUAUUUAAUGCAUUUUUGGGAAACACCAAAUGAGGAUACUUGUCUUUGGAAAUCACCAAACGUGUCCAUUGCCUUUAAACUACUAAAUAUUUCGAAUAAUUUGUUUCUGAAACAUUCUCAAAUGCUUGCUUAAAGUUUCUAAUUAUUGGUUUUAAACCUGAAUAAAAUAAAAACCAGUUAAAACCAGCUGUACAGGCUAAUGAUUGCUGUGUUAUUUUCUUUGUGAAUUUCUUUAUAUUGUUACAUUUAAGGACACUGAAUUUUUUGCCUAAAUUUGUUUGGCGAUCUUCCGUCCAUUUUUAAGUGCCUUACAAAUAUAUUUAAAAGACAUACUUUAGACUGAUUUAAACAAAGAUCAGUCACUUUAAUAUUGUAAUAUUCUUCAGUGUUUUGUAACUGUUUGUAUAUUUUGUAUACAUUUAUCUUCAUCUUGUUUUCAUUGUUCUAAA